AUGGAAGAAGACAACGCUGAUGCCAAUGAAGAUCAUGGCGAUGCUCAAGGUGAAACCGGUAACUCUACUAGAGAUGUUGAGAAUCCUCCAGACCAGUUUGACGACGACUCAGCAGUAAUGGAUUGCCUCAUCAACCGAGCAGAGGCAGAAGCCGCACAACACUACCAAGAUGAAGAAUCUUAUGCUAUGAAAGCUCAGGAAAAAGACAAAGGGCAAAGGGAGGCCAUGAAGACACCUAAUACUUCUUCUUCUACUACUCCUACUAAAAACACAAAUAAUGAAGCCAAGUCAGAGGAAGAUACAACAAAAUUCACGGAGAUUGGGGCGGAACAAGCUGGUCUCCCAAAUGAAAAAGAGAGACAGACUGCUGCCGAUACAGGUAUACAAGGGUUGCAAGGAAACACAGGGCCGACAGCUACAGGGGCCCAUCACAUGAAACCAAGUGCCGCCGUGGGUUCUCUUCCAUUUUUUCGCGAUCUUGACAAAAACAGGACCACGACUUUGAAGGCCACCAAUAAUGCAACAAGUAGGAACAAUCCCCAUAUCAUCCACCAAGAACGAAACCCAGAGCAACCAACGGUGAAUUCUGCUACAGCAAGUGGCGAAGCAGUAGACAGAGACCACAAUCCUAUGGUACCAAUAAACCAACCAACGGAUGUAACUACCAAUCAUCAAGCUUUAUUGAAUGGUUUUGUAGAACGGAUUGAGCCAAUCCCACUGGCACCUACAACUUUGCAACGAGAAGCCAAUCAACGGCCACAAUCUCGCCCAGGAGCCUACACAGGCGAAAACUUGCAGCGUGUUCAAAGUCUUGAUUUUGACCUUGUGGGUAACAACAACAUCCAUGAAAAUGAAAAUGCCGUCAAUGAUCCUCCGGAGACCACUGAUAGCGUCCCGCUGCCCGCUGCAAACGACCAAGGACUGGUUGAAGCUAGGGCUAUCAUGGAGGAAUCUGGGAUCUGGGAGUUGGACUAA